UUUAGCCUUUAAAAAUCGAAUGGCCACAGAAACUGCUUUACCCAAAUUUUGGUUCAAAGCCUUCAUUGGAUUACCUAUUGGGGCAAACAAAGUUGAGCCAUGUGAACAUGUUCCUAAACCAGUGGAUUGGUAUUGCUAUCUCAUGGCUAGAGUUUCAAGAUGCGUGCACUUCCCAGCAGUUUGCUGCAUGGGCAGAGGAAUUCCGUGACUACAAUGGGAGGAGCUGGAGCUAAGACUGUGCAUCCUCAGGAUCCAUUGUGGGGUGAAUGCUGGCAACUCUCCCUGGUAGCUCAGGUGGGCACACAAUCUCCAGUAGUCACAUAUAUGUGCAAGAGAAUUUCCCAACUGCAGUGAGAGGAGCUGGAGCUGAGACUGGGCCCCCUCAGGAUCUAUUUCGGGACAAAGGUUGGUGGUCCCAUCAAGGAGGUUCAGAAAAAUGGGUAAUUUCCUGGCUAUGACAUAAGGGUAAGUCUUUCUCUAGGUAUCCUUGUGUGAACAGUAACAAACUAAGAUCACAGCUGAGUGGGUCUGGAGCCAAAUUACAGGGUAAGUUUCAGAUUCACUGCCAAAAAUAUAAUGGGCAGAAGAGCUUUUCUGCCAAGGCACUAGUGUACGUGAUUCCUCCUAGACACAUUGGCAGAUGUAUUUGGUUCAAGACUCAAGACAAAAUUGGGGUGUAGCCAAGCCUUUGGUUAAUGGGGAUGUUCCAAGUUUGAAACCUGGAGUAGCAUUGGUGGAUCUGCUAUCCAGGUGCUGGUCUGCAAACCCAAAGCUGCCUACCUAGGGCUUAGCUUCCAUUGAAUUUUCACAGAUUCCUUCCUGAUUCCUGAGGCUUCCUCAGAGAGACUUUUGUCUGUGGAUGAGUAGACAAUUCUUGGAGUGGGGGGGAUAUGAGUGGGUUACUUCCUAUUCCACCAUCUUUCUGACAUCGUGUUCGUAUUUCUAUUCUGACUGUAACGUAUAUAGUGGGAUUAGGUGAAUACAUAAUUACGUUGAUUCAUUGGAAACCAAGAUUUUCCGUAUGGGAGAAAAGAGAAGUAUAAGUGAGACUGAUGAGUUAAACAUGUAGUUUUGAAUUUGAAGUGAAAGUAUAAAUAUGAGCUUGUGAUGAUAUUUAUCCUUAAAAAAAUUCCCAGUCUAAUUUUUUUUUAGGUUUUCCCCCUUAGAAGGCCUAGACACCAGGAUUAACCCAGUAAUUUCCAUAUCACAUGUUUUCCACUAACAAGGACCAGAGAUACUUCCUAAUUUCCAGUGUAGGGCAAGAAAUUUUGGCAAGAACCUUGAGCAACUUUGCCACAUCAGAAAGCAAUAGAGUCUUUAUGACAGAGGUGUAUUGAUGGAGUUCAGGAAGAACUGACUUGAAAAAAGUCUCAUUGUCACAGAUAGGACAAUUUGAGCUUCAAUAAAACAACUACUAAGAGAGAUCCAAGCAUUUUAAAUAAGCUGAAAUUCAUGAGUAUACAAUUAUGCAAAAAAAUUGAUUGCUUGUGGAGAAUGCCAUAUAAAGCAUUCAUCCUCUUGAGAACUGGCAAAUAAAUAGAAAGAAUAAAUAAUUUAUUCUUUGAUUACCUCAAGGUAAUAAGGUAGUUACUGAGGGUAGUGUCUCUUUAGGAAUACUCUAACUAAUAAGUGAAGAAUGUUUAACAUAUUUUUCUUUCACCCCUAGGCCAUUCGUUCACAAGAUGUGACCCACGGCACCUUGAGGUCCCUGACUCCUUUCCUCGGCACGGAGAGUUGGAUUAUGGAGGGUUGCAUGCGGAUUAUGCAGCUACAUCCAGGAUGCCGAGUGUCUUCUGAUCGUGAUCGAGAGCAGAGUGAAGAGACACAGGCAGAGGAGAGGAUCACAGAAAGGUAGAAGUGGGAGACUGGUGGAUAGGCACCACCAAGUGACUACCAUCACUUCUCACAGAUUAGAUUAUUGACAACCCAAGUAUGGAUUUGAUUUCUUCAAGGCGAAAAGCUACUCAAUUUUCUAGCCAGACCACAGAUUUGUUUUAAGCCAGGACCCGUUUUCCAGCAGUUAGUGCAAUUAGGGGGGUUGGGAGGAUGUAGACAAGAGCAGGGAGAAAAUUUGGAGCCAGACAGUGGGAGAGACAGAGGGGAAAUGAACAAACCCGUGGGAGGCUGUGGCAAAGGGAGGCAGUGGGGCUUCUCUGACAGGGAAGUUGGCAGAGGGAGAGGUUUUUCUGUCUGUGCAGUAAGGGAAGUCAGAUGAGAGUACAAGAGGGCGUGAAGAAGGGUACUGAUAUCUGAAUUCUGAGGGCAGGUGUCCUGCCAAAUAAUCCUUGCUUUAACAGAGCUUCAAUGCUGCUCCUGUUCCUCCUCUUCGAGGGACUCUGCUGUCCUGGGGAAAAUACAGCAGCUCCCCAGGCUCUACAAUCCUACCAUCCAGCAGCAGAGGAGCCCCUGUCCUUCCGCAUGCUCCAAACUUCCUCCUUUGCCAACCACAGCUGGGCACACAGUGAGGGCUCAGGAUGGCUGGGUGACCUGCAGACUCAUGGCUGGGACACUGUCAUGGGCACCAUCCGCUUUCUGAAGCCCUGGUCCCAUGGAAACUUCAGCAAGCAGGAGCUGAAAAACUUACAGUCACUGUUCCAGUUAUACUUCCAUGGCUUUAUCCAGAUAGUGCAAGCUUCUGCUGGUCAAUUUCAGCUUGAAUACCCUUUCGAGAUCCAGAUAUUAGCUGGCUGUAGAAUGAAUGCCCCACAAAUCUUCUUAAAUAUGGCAUAUCAAGGAUCAGAUUUCCUGAGUUUCCAAGGAAUUUCCUGGGAGCCAUCUCCAGGAGCAGGGAUCCGGGCCCAGAACGUCUGUAAAGUGCUCAAUCGCUACCUAGAUAUUAAGGAAAUACUGCAAAGCCUUCUUGGUCACACCUGUCCUCGAUUUCUAGCGGGGCUCAUGGAAGCAGGGGAGUCAGAACUGAAACGAAAAGUGAAGCCAGAAGCCUGGCUGUCCCGUGGCCCCAGUCCUGGCCCUGGCCGUCUGCAGCUUGUGUGCCAUGUGUCAGGAUUCUACCCAAAGCCCGUGUGGGUGAUGUGGAUGCGGGGUGAGCAGGAGCAGCGGGGCACUCAGCGAGGGGACAUCCUGCCUAAUGCUGACGAGACAUGGUAUCUCCGAGCAACCCUGGAUGUGGCGGCUGGGGAGGCAGCUGGCCUGUCCUGUCGGGUGAAACACAGCAGUCUAGAGGGCCAUGAUCUAAUCAUUCAUUGGGGUGGAUAUUCCGUCUUUCUCAUCCUGAUCUGUUUGACUGUGAUAGUUAACCUGGUCAUAUUGAUUGUAGUUGACUUAUGGUUAAAAAAACAGAGUUCAAAUAAGAACGUUCUUUCUCCCCGUGCACCCAGCCCUGUGUUUUCCAUGGGAGACAACACCCGGGACACCAAUAAUUCAAGACAUCACUUCUGCUUGGCACAAGUAUCGUGGAUCAAAAACAGAUUCUUGAAGUGGAAGACACGCCUAAACCAACUCUCGUGACAUUUGCUUUAUCUUAUACAUAAAAUCCUUGUCUGCAUCUUCUGAAACACCAUCCAGGUCCCAUAAGGGAAGCAUGCUUUAAUUGAAACAGUUUGUACUAGCAAAGAUACUGAUUCCUUUAGGAAUACUUUUUUCCUCAUCUUCCAGAGAUUUUUUUUUUUUCCUGCUUUGGCUACAUAUCCACCAUUGUUGAUUUUUCAAACUAUAGUCCAGAUACUUCUUUUUCAUGGAUUUCCAUGAUCACCAAAUUAAGAGCUCUUCUGUACUCCCCAAAUUGAACUGAUCUUCACAAGCACAUUCAUUUCUUCCUACUCUGAACAGUAGUUAAUUAGGUUUUUGCCUUUUUUUUUUUUUUUUUAAUCUCAGUUGCUUGAAAGUAAGAUUUAGGUAUUUGUUUCUGUGUUCACGACCAAAAAUCUUAUCUGAAUUCAGGACCAGUUUCAUGAGCAUGUGAUCUGUGCAGACACAUGGAAUCGUAUGCUCUGCAGGAACCCAUGCUAGAUUUAAUGCUCUGCUGUUGUCAUCUUGGAAUCCUUAGUCAUUUUCAAACAAGAGAUAUUGUAUUUUCAUUUUUCACUGACACCACAAAUUAUAUAGCUGGUUCAAUUUGAAUGUAAUAUUUCUUAAUAAAUGCAGAUUGAAUAAAUUUGUUGUCAGAUCAA